AUGGCAGCCUCUGGGAAGACUUUUAUUGUUGAGCAUCUCGACCCAGAGCUGGGCCCUUGGUCCGAACUCGAAUAUCUGGCCAUUGCACGCGAGACACAAGCGACUCAUGGUUCUUUCAUCCUCUCCAGUUUGCCUUCUGCGUUCCAGGUUCCAACAGACCUGGCCAGCAACCCCGCCUUCACUGCCGAGCAGCGUGGUGUUGAGGAACUCUACGCCGCCAACAAGUCGCGAGUUUGCCUGCUAGAUCCAUCAGCCACCAAGGAUCUCUCUCCUGAGGAUGGUGAGAACUUUGAUGCCUUCUUGUUUGGAGGCAUUCUCGGCGACGAUCCUCCCCGAGACCGUACGUCAGAGCUUCGAAAGAAGGGCUUUGAAGGUCGCAGACUCGGCCCCAAGCAGAUGACAACAGAUACGGCCGUCCGGGUCACUCGUAUUGUUGUUCAAGACAAGGUGCCACUUGAUCAGGUGCCCUAUCUGGACUUCCCUGAGCUCAAAUUCAACGAACACGAGAGCACUGAGAUGCCAUUCCGAUAUGUACAAGGUGAAGACGGCAAGCCUAUCAUGCCCAAGGGCAUGGUCGAAUUGAUCCAAAAAGAUGCUGACAAGGCCGUGGAUGAUCUCUUUUAA